AUUAUUCAGAACCGGAAGAUAAACUUUUCACAUUUAUUUCCGAUUCAGAUGUUUAUUUAUUUUAUUCACUAUCAAUUGUGAUAUAAUCAUCAUUGUCAAUCUAAUCAUCUUAAUUGUCAACAUUACAAGAUCCAAAUUGUUAAGUUUAUUUAAUUAUUAGAAGUUUUUAAUUGUUGUCAUCAAGUAUCACCAAAAUAAUCAACAUCCUAAUAACCCACAAUUAUAAUUGAAGCAACUCGGAACAACAAUCAACAUCAUAACUAAAUUGAUUCUUGAAAAACCUAAUUUAUGUUUGAAUGAUUAAAAUGAACGUGACUAUUUGUUUACAAUUAACCUUGAUAGUUUAAACUCAUCAUAACAAUCAAGUUAAUCACAAAGUAAUCAUCACAAUAAUAAUUUACCUUCAAAACAAAAAGCCAUCACAAUUUAGUUACUAAUUGUUAGUAUUUCUGUUUAACCCCGAUCAUGGCUGAUUUAAUCGGUAAAUAUCAGGCCAAAAUGCGCCAAUUAGCAUCUUCAUUAAACGGCGGAAAUGGCUCAGUUAAACGAUCGAUCCCUGAGGCCAUUUUAGCAGCUACAUCUCCGAAAACUGAUUCAAAUCGACGAAGCUCAUCAAUUGUUUCGUUAAUCAGUACAGUCAGUAGCAGUUACAGUAAUAAUAACAACUCUUCAAAUAGUCAUCAAAACAAUAAUGUACCUUUCGCAUGUAAACCAUUACGAUUGUGUCAAACACGACACUCGAUUCCAUCACUCGACUCCAUUGAAAAAGCUCAGUUUCAUGGUAGAUCACCUUCAUCAUCAAUAACAAAUUUAUCUUCUCCAAGAUCAUCUUUCUCAUCUUCAUCAUCAUGUUGUGAACAUCGAUGGCAACCUAAGAAUCCAAAGACUGCGGCUUUCAUCGUGGCCAGUUCAAUCUAUGGUCAGCUCUUGGUGGUUACCUGUCUGACCUUUUUCACUGCCGAAAUCAGGAUACCAAAUAUACCUUUAUAUUAUUUCGAGGGCUUUUACCUUUACCUGUAUGCAGUUAGUCUUCUGUUUCUUCUUUAUGUGUACGUUUAUCUGCUUCAUGAUUUACCGAAAAGUGACCAAAAUCGUAAUAAAGAAUUAAAUGGCAAAAAGAAAGAUAAAAUUAGUGAAACUGAAAGAUCACAUGGAUCAAUAUUCUUGCGAAUCGGAGCCGUCGGAUUUGGAUUAGGAACUAUGAUCUACAAUGGACUCGAAUUUGGUUCUUAUUUUGAGAUUCCAUAUACUUCCCCAUGCUAUUCAAUACUUUUGGGAGUUAAUCCGGUUCUUCAAGCAACAUUUACAUUUGCCCAAAUGUAUUUCAUUUUCACCUAUUCUCGGCUCAUGAUUAAUAAAUUUAAAUUAAUCGCUCGAAUUGGAUUAAUGCAUCUUGUUGGUACCAAUAUCUGCGUUUGGAUCAGAACUUUGGGAAAGGAAACACUUCAGGAAUUGAAAGCUACCACAUCUCAUUCAUUUCUGGAAGAGUUAAUCUUACCUUUACGAACCGAACUGAGACCUUUCAAUCGUACCAAUGCUACCAUGCAUUUCAAUGAAAUGAACACUUCGAAUCCAUGUCAGAAAGAGCAGAUUAUGGGAAGUAUUCUGGCUGAUACUUCACCCUAUUUGUAUCCAUUCAUUGUUGAGUAUUCAUUGAUUGGAGCUGCCUUUUUGUACGUAAUGUGGUCAAACAUUGGACGUAACUCGAAAACUUUAUCUGACCAUUGUCCAUCUCUUCCUUCAUCACCUGGAACUGGAGUUAAUAUCGAUAGUUUAUCAACCUCAAGUCGAGAAUCAUCUGCUUUAGUUUCCCAUUCACUUUAUUCUUGCCUAGGAUCAAGUAAAGGUUUAUUCUGUGGAUUCUUAUUCUUGGUUGUUUCGAUAACCUCAUUGAUUAUUUUCUUUGUCCUUGUUCAUCAUCCAACUUACAAUCUCUUGGCGACAUUGAUUAGUGACAUUUCUCACUCGACUCUAUUGAUACUCAGCUCACUGGCGAUCAUUUUGGCCUAUUUUAAGAUUCGAAAACUUCGAUUCCAACCAGGAGUUCAUGAAACUGCUGACGGAGGCUUACGUGACCUACUCCUUCGUAUCGCCGCCUUUGGCUUGUAUGUUUACUCGUUGUUUGGAGUAAUCGCUGGAGCGAUGGAUUUAUCGUCUAUGCAACAUUUUGCUGUUCUGAUUACAUCAACAUUGACCAUUAUCCAAGUAACACUCCAAUCGCUAUUCAUUUCAGAUGUUGUUUGCCGCAAGCGAACGAGUCUUAAACAGCCCGGAAGACAAUUGAUCACUUUCUUGCUAAUCGCUAAUCUCACUUUAUGGGUCAUUUACACUUUCGAAAUGCAAAAGGUUGAAGCUUCUCCCGUUCAACUACGAAUCUAUGGCUUCUCAACUUGGGCAUUGAUCGUUCGUAUCACUUUACCAUUAUCGAUUUUCUAUCGAUUCCAUUCUGCCAUUACAUUCGCUGAAGUUUGGAAAAACUCAUACAAAUGAUCUCAUCAUCGCUCAUCAACUAAUAAUAUUCGUAUUUAAUCAAACUGAUUAGAACUCUUUUUUUCUACAUAAAAUCGACUCAUUUUUUCACAUCUCA